CAAGUAUAAAUGCUCUGACGCCUGGUGUGGAGAUUCAGACUAAUAGCCGAGUGUCACAGCUGCGUGAAGAGAGAGCAAGAGAAACGGAGCUGGUGGAAUUUACUGCGUCUGUACGGACUCGUACGAAACUCCUCAAGCCUAACCUGAAUAACCCAGAUUUCAGUCAAAAUGAAAGCGAUUGUUUUGUCCUUCUACUUCUACUGCUGUCUGCUGCUGACUGUCACACCCAGCGUGGACAGUGCAAAACUCAACCUCAGCCAAGUUUUAAAGAGAAGCAUCGGGGUCCAGAGGACAAAAAGGGAUCUGAGUAGUCUGUCUGCACUGAGGGAAGCACCACAGCCUGGGCAAUUUGUUCGCCCUGAUGAUGUCAAAGACACCCUGCUUCCACAUUCCAGCACUGGUUUCGGUGUACGGACCAAGCGCUCCAAGAACUCCGUCAACCAGUCGCGGAGGUCAGGCUGCUCACUGGGCACGUGCACGGUACACGACCUGGCACACCGCCUGCACCAACUCAACAACAAGCUGAAAGUCAGUAGCGCCCCCAUUGAUAAGAUAAGCCCGCUAGGCUACGGGCGCAGGCGCAGGUCCGUCCCUGAGAUGCAGAUGAAGAUAGAGAUGCAGGGCGGCCACCUGCAGCCAGUGUGGAGGCUGCACAAGCUGGAAGCUCUGCUCAGACGGACAUGAGCGGGACGCCGGCUGAGGGAACUGGAAUGCUGAGAUUUCUCCUGCCAAGAGUUCUCCGGCACGUUCUUUCGCAAAGGCGAGCGGCUGGGACAGCAGACGGGGCUCGACCGAAGCACAAUAAAAAAAACCAACAGCUGUUCCGUAAGCACUGUGAAUGAGAGACAGAAUCAGAGGAGUUCUGUGGUGGAGCACUGCAACUUUCUGGGGUGGUAGGGAAGUGUAGGAUCGGUGCACUUGGUCCCUGGAGGAGUGGAGUGGCCACAGGAACUGAGGCUGAAGAUCGAACCUCCUCUAACGGGACAGAAUUUCGCUGCUCCUCAGGUGAACUAUUCAGUGGGAUUACGGGAUUACGAGUGCGACUCGUUUUCUGUCUCGGAGAAACGAAAGACAACCAAACAAACUCUGGACUUUAAUCCGGUGUAUCAAACAGGGAAAGACGUGGAUUGUUCAUUCUGAGGAGAUUUGAAGGAUUUUCUAAAGAUGGCCGUGAACCUUUUCCAUCACAAACUCUACACCUUUCUGGACACUGUAUGAGGGAUGAAUGCUUUAGAUAUAGAUAUUUUGAAUUUGCCUUUUUCGGUCCGUAAAGGAUUGUCAUGCUACUUGAACAUUAUUAUUAUUAUUAUUGUUAUUGUUAUUGUUUUGUAUAGAGAUAUGUGCAAUCUAUAUGUAUUUUUUUACUCCCAGUAUAUGUAUAUAUAUGCCAAACAAAAAAAAAAGAUAUUGUUAUUUAAUAUUUUGUUUUUUAUAUUGCGUACUACUUUAUAGAGAGCUAUUUUUGUACAGGAUUUAAAGGAAUAUGGGCAUUGUUGUAUAUCGUUUGUCGUCUAUCGCUCGUUAUGUCUGUGAUAAUAUAUUUGUAAAUGUGGUCGAUUUUUGUUUUUUUUUUGUAUGUCCAAGUCACAUACGUUGUCAUCUAAUAAACUUCGAAUUAAAAAAAACGAAA